UUCUUGUUGGGUUGGGUUUUUAUUCGAUCUAUUAAGUUUUUGACACGAUCAAAUUCAAAUGACAGCCUCCUGAAGUUUCCUCCUUGGAGACACCUGCUCUCUCUUCAACAUGAGGAACUGAUUCAUCACCAUCAAGCAGAGCUCCGCCCCCCCGACCCACAGGGAUGCAGAUUGGUCAUCAGGUCACUGGUAGGACCCCUCUGCAGAUCCCACCCCAGCCGAUCCUGCAGGACACCAUCCUGGUCCGAGCCUUCAUCAACCCCAGACAGGAGAUGGAGGGCCCCCCCCAGCCUCAGACACCGCCGCCCCCCCGGACCUGCAGCCCCCUGGGAGCUGCUGGGAGGUCCUGCUGGAGCUUGGACACGCGGGUGGCCGUGCUGCUGCUGACUCUGGCCGGAGCCGUGAUCCUGCUGCUGCUCUACAGACUCCUGCAGGUCAGACACAGGCUGAGCGUGGCGAGGGCGAGGAACGCUCUGGAGUACCAGGGCUUCUACCGCACAGCCACCUACACCCUCACACACCCGGCACCACCGGGUCAGGACCUGCCGCCCAAGGUCAAAACCGUCCCUGACGCUGACCCGAGGGUCCAGACUGUCAUCACAGUGACACCUGUUGCCAUCGUCCCUCUGCCGCCUGUAGCUAGUCCACCUCCCCCCCCGCUGCCGCUGCCUCCACCUCCCGCCCUCCAUCCACCAUCUCCCCCAGCGACACCUCCGGUCCCGGCCAUCCUCCUCCACCUGCCGGUGAUCCACACCACCCCCCCCAGCCCUCACCUGUCGUGGGGCGCCUGCUCGGACGCAGACGUCUACUCUCGGAUCGGAGCCUUCCGGGCGUCCCGGCUCUCCAGCCUCUCCAACCUCUCCAGCGGGUCCAAGGUCAUCCUGUUCGAACACUCGUCUCUCUGAGCGCCGACGUGGAUCCUGAGUGGAGACACAUGAAGUGUCGUGAUUAGGGUUGCAAAAUUCUGGGAAUAUUCAAAGUUGGAAACUUUCCAUGGGAAUUAACAGGAAUUAAUGGGAAUUAACGGGAAUAUACGGGAAUUAACGGGAAUAAACGGGAAUAUGCCGGAAUUAACGGGAAUAAACUGGAAAUGU